AACCCCAUGAAAUAGAACUUUCUUGUCUUAGCCAUUGUUGUAACUUUGUUGUUUAUAUCUCAGUUAUUACUGAAGAAAUUUUCAGUUUGCAGUCAUGUAUUUCAGACAAAAGGGAGAUUAUCCAGCCUGACCGUGGGCCUUUGCUCAGUAUCCCGCGGGAGCCAAGUGCCACAGGCUUGGGAUCUGCAACUCCACAGUCAUCUAAACCCUAUAACUGUCAGGCUCAAAGAGUUCCCAUUAGAAAAAAUCCCGCAGAGGCGACUGGACCAGUAGGGUCAGUGAAGUCGGUACAGUUUUCUCCAGACUCUGCCGCACUGCACAGCAUUCUUCAGAAUGAGGGGGUGAAGACUGAAGGGCAACUGGGUGCCACACCUCGAACAUCAGUCUGUCCAUCAGGCAGAAGUACUUCAGUCUGCAAAGCUCAAAGAGUACCUGUUAGAAAAAAUCCUGUAAACCCGAGCGAAGGGGCCGUUGCAGUAGCACUCAAACAUACGCCGUCACAGAAAUGGACUCCACAGAGAGUCCCAAACACCAGACAUCAGCCUAUGUCCUCCAUGAAAUGGAAUCUGUCCACACAAAAGACGCCCUUUAUCAGCACAUCUGGGCUGAGAAGCUUCAGAACAAAUCUUCAACUGCACAAGGAGGAGGUUGUCCAGAGAUUAUUCAAAGAUCAAGAAGAAGAGAAGAGUGUGGAUGUGAGCGAUAAAAAAGCUGGGACAAAUGCAGAGCAGCUUCCACUUCAAGCCUCCACGAUUAAAGCUUGCUGUAACAAAGUUGGCAGGACCAGUGAGGAUGAGGAGGAGAUGACUGCCAGCCAACAGCCGUUCUUCCAGGCUCCCGAAAGAGAAUCUGUCAUUUUUUUCUCAUCAAGCAAAAAGCUGUUUAGAGUCCCACAGUGUGAGAAGCAGGAGAACUCAGAGCAGCAACAGAGACAUAAAGAGAUACUGUCUGGGUCAGUGCUGCAAAUCAGGUCAUCUGUUCAAAGCCUACACAGAGACCCAGGUGUUCAAAAAACUUGUGGGCUGAGCCCUGUAGCGGCGAUGUUACGUCUGCGUUUUCCUCCUCUCGAGGAGCUGAGGAUGGAUGAAGAAGUGGCCACCUACACUGCCGUGUCUGUCUCAACGACACUUGGGUUUCUCCCCACACAGCCUCGGUGUGGAAAUCCACUGGCCUCCAUCCUGCUCUUUAAAGAGUCCAGUAUGUUUGUCCCAAUUGAAUCAUCUGACCUUUGAAGGAGAGUCCUGUUGAAUAAUGCAUUUCCUUCUCCCACAGGCACGUUUGUCAGUUAUGUAGACGCACAUCAAUUAGAAACAAUGUUUUAUGACAGUAAUCAAGCUAUGUUCAUGUGGAAAAUAGAUGUUUAAAACCUCUGUUACCAGAAUGCUUGUACCUUUAUUUUCACUGUUUGAAGUAAAACUAGAAACUUUUUGUCUGCUUUAGAAAUGAUGUCUUACUAAAUAGUAUUUUACAGUCAGCAUAAUAAAUUUUUAUAUUGGUUA